AGAAAUUUAACAAGAUCCAUUAAUGAGUGAAGGUUAAAGAAAGAGAGUGAGAGAGAGAAGGAAUAAUAAUACAGGUGAGACAUGGAGAAAAGAAAGCGAUCAAUAGAUAGAGAGGGUGAAAGAGAGGAAGAGUGGAAGUGACAAGUUGGAAGUUGUCAGCUCGACUCUCGCAGCAAAUAUUGAAAUAGAAUUAUGUCGGGUCACUCGAACGAUCGUGUACAGCCUGUUAUUUUCUUAUCGCAUGGAGGUGGGCCUUCGUUCUUCAUGGAUGUCAAGGAAUAUCCAGAUAUGCGUGGAAUGGAUCGGGACUCAGAGGCAGCGAAAUUCCUGCAAAAUCUAACACGAACUCACCUGAACAAACGGCCAGAGGCGAUCCUAGUUGUGAGCGCCCACUGGGAAGAGAAUGUCCCAUGCGUCAUGGACGACCAAAACCAUUCCUUGUUCUUUGAUUAUUACGGAUUUCCCAAGAGCAUGUAUGACCUGAAAUGGCCUGCAAAAGGAGCUCCGGCUGUGGCUGCCCGUGUCACCGAAUUAUUCAAGACACACGGUAUAUCAUGCAGGCAGGUGCGUGGUCGUGGUUUAGACCAUGGCGUUUUUGUGCCCCUUAUCUUGGUCUGGCCAGAAGCCGACAUUCCAACAUUCCAAAUCUCUCUAAAGAACACUUUGGACAUCAAAGAACACCAAGAAAUUGGUGAGGCAUUAUCAGAACUACGCAAAGACGGAAUCCUGAUUGUUGGAUCUGGUUUCAUGACUCACUCAAGCGAAAAAGCGAAAACUGUUGAUGGUGUAUUUGAAUGGGCAAACGAAUUUAAAGUGUGGGAGCGCAAUGUAUUUUGUAACCCUAAAUUAUCAGCAUCGGAAAGAAAAAACCAAAUGCUCGAGUGUGAAUCUCUUCGAUUCUUCCACAAAGCUCAUCCCCGUAUCGAACAUUUCCUGCCAUUAGUUGUGGCGUCAGCAGCAGCUGGUUACGUCUGUGGAGAGGCCAUAUUUUCCCAGUUUGUGUCACCGAGUUUACUGUUGGAACAUGUAGUGUUUAAAUCUGACCCUUAACAUGUAGCUAAAACUGGUUGGGGAAGGGUUUUGCACGCCGACCUCAUUAAAAACCCCUCACUGCCCAAAACAGACCCAUCGGUUGGAGGGGUGUCACCUGAACGGUGCAAUGGUCUCGUCUGCCAAGAAUAGAGAAUCACCAAUAAAUGGUGGAUGCAGUAAUGUACUAUUUAGUGCACCUGCCUCCCCACCACUCACACUACUGCUACUACUAUUACUACUGCUACUACUACUGCUUAAUGAAAGAUCAUGUAACACACACACACACACACAUACACACUUGAAGGGUUUAAUUGAGCAAACCGAUCCCUAGUACUUAUUCUAU